AUGACCCAGCACGAUAUAUCUCUGGGUAAAGCUACUGUAAUAUCGACAGCAUUAGAGGCCGUUCUGUAUGGCUUUUCCUUGAUGAUGUUCAUCGAGACGUUAUGGGUUCUUCUUCGCCGAGCGAGGAAAGACAUUAGUGUUCCCAUGGUAUCUGCCGCUGCUAUGCUCUUCACAUUCAGUACUAUCCAUAUUGGGAUCAAUAUUUAUUACAGUAUCCAAGGCCUGGUUCAUAACGUAUAUCCUAUAAUUGAUCAAAACUCCUCAGAGCUUCCGUUCAUACUCAAACUUGUUAUUUAUUGGUCGCAAACGAUCACCGGUGACGCAAUAAUAAUCUACCGCUGCUACGUUGUCUGGCAGUCAUUCUAUGUUAUCUUGCUGCCUAUAACAAUGCUAUGCGGAGUUGGCGUGACUGGCGCCAUCAGCGUUUGGGCUUACGCUACCUCAUCUCCCGCUACACUAGGGUGGAUGCUAGCUUUCUAUAUCUUGACCUUGAGCGCCAAUUUACUGUAUACAUCACUUUUAUCUUUCGGGAUUUGGAGAGCAAAUCGAACCAUUCAAAAGGCCGAUGUGUAUUCUGCAUUCUCUCUGAUACCUAUCAUCUUUGUGAUCAUCGAUGCUGGCGCCAUAUACACUAUCGCUCUGCUAGCUUCUCUUCUAUGUCUUGUCAACGAUCAAAACGGAGUCUUAAUUACCUUGGACUUGGCAGUGCCUAUAAUUUCAAUUACCUUCUACAUGGUCAUCGUUCGAGUAGGAAUGCCUAAAACAUCAGGUGUGAUGGGCGCAGAUGGAACGGGCACGACUGCUUUUACCACGGUCUUGGAACCUGGACGUGACGAUGGCAUCAAUCGCAUGGCAGACGCGCAAUUUAUUGCCUAA